AUGAAUAGCACUGGAAUUGGUGGGGCAAGAUAUUUCCACAGCAAGGUGGGAGAGCCAAUUUUUUGCGCUGAAAUUUAUUUUGAUGGAUUGGUCAUUGUAGCAUUCCGUGCUUUGUACGGAGUACUCCGUACUCCGUAUCCAGACUGGCGAAUUCAUUUUGAUGUGUUGGCAUCCUGUGGGCUGCUUAUCCAGGCCAGCUCGUCCAUCGAAGCGAAAGAUUUUCAUACCAACUCCAUUCGCAGGAUUGAUUUUGAAGCUGGUUGGCGCCGAGUGAUUGACUCGUCAUCGAUCCACUCCACAUGGUCAGGCGGGAGAGGGUAUCUUAUUCGCCAGCCUUUUGAUAUGAAGCGCCGGGGUUCAGGGCACCUUCCCAGUAGUGAGAACACCCUGAUUCAGCCACUUCGAACCUUUGAAGCGAGACAAACUGGAGCACAGAUCCUUUUUGGGGUUGGGGGCCACGGAAACGUCUCCCGGAAAAUUCAACUCUUUUAUCCCGGAACAUCAGCGUUUCCCUCCAUCAAUCCGUCCAGAUUUCCUUCGGCGACACCGUCUCUUGAGGCUGAUCAUUUGACUGGCCUCCAUAUGGCCAAAGCCGCGCUGGGGAUGCCUGUCUAUUUUAUCGGGCGCUGCUGGGUUCCCGCGUUGCGCCAAGACGUAAACAACACGAACACCAAGCGAGAUCUCGUGACUUCUCAGCGUCGGGGCUUGAGCCUUGAGAGCAGCGAGCCAUUAUCAUCGAGCGUGGGGGUCCCACAGAAACAUAAAGAGUUAUGCCCUCUCCGGAUGGACACUGAACUUGGUGCGGUGCGCAUGGUUGCUCGCGAACUUGCUCGAUGUGCCGAGUUGCUGCGGUUGUCAAUGUUUACAUUUCCGUCACGUCGACGCGCCGGGCUGCAGAUAAACACAGCAGCUCACCAACCCCACCUGUGCCCCUCAUCCCAGGUGAAGGCCCUUGCUCCCCUCAAAAGUUCACGAGGAUAUCUGGCUGGACACAAAAUCCGACCCUGCAUCCGGUCGCUCAGCCACCGUGAAUGCGGGGUAUUCCCAUUUCCAGCCUCGAGGCCGUUUCUGGACGGCGGCUCGAGGUGA